UAUCGCGACUGGUGUGUGAUCUAUGUUCGCUGUUCGCGCCAUUUUGAAUUAGCCCAAUAAUAACUCCUCAAGCCUUCACUUUUAAAUACUAUAGUCUUAUUUUUUUACUCAAAUUAUGACCAUGGAGUCUGAGGCUGGCUAUUUAUCWGAACUUUUAGCCGAGAAAGAUAGUUUAGACCCGUCUUUUGUUCACUGUAUGAGGCUUUUAACGCGAGAAAUAAACAGAAUGCAGGGUGGGGGGUCACCUCCAGUUGUUUCUCCUCGAAGCAAAGAAGACGAAAAUAUUAAUGGUACACCAUCAAAUGAAGGAAGUGAGGGUAAUCUACAAGAUGCAGUCAUUCCGAGACUGCAUCCAGAGCCAAGAGAACUCAGAGAACCCAGAGAACCUAGAGAACCUAGACAUUAUCGAAGAGCACACCCACCAGAAGAAAAUAAACUCUACCAGCCAGUAAAAUUAUCUGAGAAAGUCUUUAUCCCCACUAAAGAACAUCCUAAGUUUAACUUUGUCGGUAAGCUACUGGGUCCACGAGGGAACACAUUCAAAAGGCUACAAAACAGUACAGGAACAAAGAUGUCUAUUUUAGGGAAAGGUUCAAUGAGAGAUAAAGAAAAGGAAGAAGAGCUAAAGGCAACAGGAGAUGCAAAGUAUAAUCAUCUUUCUGAAGAUUUGCAUGUUCUUAUCGAAGUAGAAGCUCCACCAGGCCAAGCACAUGCUCGUUUGGGUAUCGCAAUAGAAGAAAUUAAAAAAUUCCUUAUUCCUGAAACAAAUGAUGAAAUUCACCAGGAACAAAUGCGAGAGAUGGCCAUACUUAAUUCCAUGGAUGACCCUCCCCCAACCAGUCAAGCUGGAACCCAACCAGCACCUGCACCCACAGCUGGUAGAGGACGUGCCCGUCCAAGAGUGGCGCAAGCUCCAAUAACUCAUCAAGUCCCAGCAAGAGGAAUUAUAACAAGACAGGGCCAUCCUUUGGCAUUACGAAGGGUACAGCAGGGACCUAUGUCAGUAACAGUCAGAUCAGCAGCUGGUUUGCCGUCAUCACCAACUAUGGCACAUCCUGCUCCCAGAGGACAGGCACAACCUGGGGUGGAUCCCUAUGGCGGUAUGCAUGCUCUUCUUGUUCAAAAUGAACCACCUCAAGCUGAGCAUGUACAGUCAUUGCGUGUGCACGAAACCUAUGAUCCUGCUUAUGGAUAUGAAGCAGCAUAUACCGAACCUGAGGAAGUCACAUAUUAUGAUUAUGGUAGAGGGGUAGCUCCRGCAGAAAUCUAUGAGACCGCAUAUCCAGCACCAGCUCGUCUUCCUGCAAGUAUGGCUGCCAACUACAAGACGACACGGUCCUCAAAGAAACUAAUUCGUGAAGCUACAUACCCCUACUAAGCUUUGAUCUUUUACCAUCUAAAUUCCGAAUUGAGAUCUCUUUUGGCUGGAUUUUUGAUGCCAAUUUUGUAUGUGAUGGUCAGAUAUUUUUUCAUAUAAUAAUCAAUACUGACCAACUACGUUUUGUUAAACUUCAAUGAUAUUGUGUGUGAAUGUGUGAUAUUCUUACGACAUGUAUUCAGCGAAUACAAACUCCAAACUCUAUAGUGAUAGCUAAAGUUAAGAUGCAAAAUGCCUUCUGUGUAGUAAACCGAUAAAUUAGUUUAAACCCUGGUGCCAUGAUCUUUUUCCCCGCUAAGAAUAAAUCUAUGCAAACUAAAUCACCAUAAACUAAAAAUCUUUCCCUUAAUAAACUCUAAAUUAUAUGAAUAAUGUUGAAAUAAUCUUAAAGUUAAAAGAUUUAAAAAUAAAUUUCUCAUAGACUAGACUAGACAAAAUCUUGAAUUCAUUAAACCAUCAUUCCUUUAUUCAUCUAAUUUUGUGGUAUAAGUUUUUGAGUUUUUCUCAUUCCUGUGAGAAGGUAUUUUUUAGGAUGAAAAUUUUUCACUGGAUUUUUCUGUAAAAUUCCAACCAAGGAGGGGAGUUAGUCAUUCAAAGAUCAUUAAAAAAAUUAAAAUUAAACUCUAUUAACUGCUUCAAACUUAAACAGUCUUAAAAUCCAAGAAAUGUUUUGAAAUGUUACGUAACAUUUUGCUUGAAAUAAAGAUCUAAAUGAAUAAAAUAUGUGUAUUGAGUCAUGUAUAAUAACUAAACUUUGAUUGAUAGUAUUGCUCAUAAUAUUCUGAUUAAAUGUUUAAUAGAAGCCAAAUAUUAAAACCACCAACACUCUUUAUUCAUUUCUUAGAUUAUUAGAUUAAAAACACUAAAGAAUGCUUUGAAACUUAAACAUUUAUUCUCCCAAUUCUUUGUCCUUAGCCUCUCUAAACUUCUCUUCUUCAGAAAAAACUUUUUUUUUAACAUUUGAUAAACAUUCCUUUUUGAAAAUAUUUUUUCAAAUUACCUUGUUUUGUUAUAAAUUCAAUUAAAAACUAAACUUGAAUAAUAAGUUUUACACACAACAGAAGGCAUCCCAUAAAAUACAACCUAUACCUACAGGUAUUUUCUUUUUAAAAAAGCAAUAUUAUUGAAACAAGCUGCUAGUUUUGUAUGUUUGUAAAUAUGCUCUAAAAGAUAUUUUUGAACAUUUUCACACACAAAAAAGAGCAAAAACAACAACAAAAAUAGUAGAAAAAAGGAUUUUUGCUCAUAAGAGUAUUUUUGUAUCCAAAGCAUUUAUAUUUCUACAUAAUGCUUUAAGAUGAUGAAAUAUCAAUAAUUUUGAUAACUUUUUCUUUAUAUUUUGAUAUUCUUGC